AUGGGUUUCUCUCCACAGAAUAUUUAUGCAGCAGCAGCACAACUGACUCUUUUAGAACAAACCCAAACAACAACAGAAAUGGAACAACUGAAAGUAAAACUCAGACAAUACGAUCGUUUAACAGAUAGAUUUGAUCAAAUUAAAAGAGCUUUAUCUCGUUAUGUUCAGUAUGAACUACCAAAAUCACACAUGAAACAAGUGAAUGACAUUGUUGAACAAAAUAAAAAGAGAUAUGUGAACGAAGCUCUGUUGGUUGCAAAAGAAUUUAUCCCGACUGAUUUCAACCAAAACAAAUCAAUAGAUGAUUAUCUUAAACAACUUAAUGCAGAAAAAUGGGAUGAAAUAUUUGAAAAUGAUUUCUAUGAAGCAACAUUGAAAACGGCAAACUCCUGGUAG